AUCUAACUGAAACACCGAAAAAGGGAAGAAAGGGAAACUUUGCAUAUAACCCCCCCCCCCCCCCCCCCUAUACUCUCUCUUCCACGCACGCAUAACACACAGAGAUACAGAAGAGAGACACAUACAAACAAACAAAAGGAGAGCAGCCAUGCCUGCUGGUACAAAGAAAGUUCGUAAUCCUAAUGAAGAAGAUAUGGAGCUAAGGAAAGGUCCCUGGACUCUUGAAGAAGACAGUACUCUCAUCCACUACAUUGCUUGCCAUGGUGAAGGUCGUUGGAAUCUAUUAGCUAAAUGUGCAGGACUGAAGAGGACUGGAAAAAGUUGUAGAUUGAGAUGGCUGAAUUACUUGAAACCUGAUAUUAAGCGUGGGAACCUUACUCCACAAGAACAGCUCUUGAUCCUUGAACUUCACUCCAAGUGGGGUAAUAGGUGGUCAAAGAUUGCACAACAUCUACCUGGAAGAACGGACAAUGAAAUCAAGAACUAUUGGAGAACAAGGGUGCAAAAACAGGCUCGGCAACUUAAUAUUGAGUCUAAUAGCAAGAGGUUUCUUGAUGCAGUCAAGUGUUUUUGGAUGCCACGAUUGCUACAGAAGAUGGAGCAAACAUCUUCCCCUACUUCUAAUUCUUCAUUGACAUCCAUGAAUUCCCAGAGUUCUUCAGCUCCUCUGUCACCCAAUCCAACAGCUGCUUCGCUUUCACCCUCAUCUCCUACACCAAGCAAGCCGAUACCGACUUUGAAUUAUCCCAAUGAAAACUCAAGUUCUAUCGCAAGCCAAACUAUUUAUACCUCAGGCUCAGAUUCCAUGAAAAUUUCAGAGGAGCCUCAAGUUCCUGUACAGGCAGCAGAUACUAUCCAUGCCUUUGGCAAUACAACCUACAACCAUACAAACUUAACUGAUUCUUACAUCAUAGACAGCAGAAGCUACGACAUGGAGACUCUCAUCCUGGACCCCAUGUCAGCAAUGGGCAUCUAUGAGAACUCUCUGUUGGAUUGCCAUAUGGCAGGUGGUGAUUGGCUGUCUGAUGACAUGGCAGAUUCUUUAUGGAACAUGAAUGAUAUGUAACAAACAGUUAAAGGUUUACAUCUGAGAGGAGCAUCUUGGGUGAUCUCGUUAUUAUGUGAGGCUCGACCCAUCAGUAAUCACAAUCUAGUUCUAAUUAUGCUAAUCCGAAUAGGAUUUAGUACUUGAUGUAACUCAACUACUCCGAUAUUAUAGUUUUAAGGAUGUUUUAUGUAACUAAGAAUCUACAGCCAAUUUGAAUUUUAACUGGUGCAUAGCAUAGUUAUGUAGUGAGUGAUUCUGUACCAGAGUUUCUAAGAGUUGGACAAGACUGUAAAUAGAUGAAGCAAAUGUAUCUAUUUUUGUCGGUUUGUUAUCA